AAACAAGCUUCUGGGGUAUCUUGGCGUACUACCUUCCUAAAGCUUGUCUCUAUGGAGAUCUUCGGUGAUUUGUGCAUCAGUAUGACCUACUAGAUCCAACAUUCGCUGAACCAACGCCUCAAUUUUGUGGAUCACUUCCGAGUCUGCAUGGUAAAAUGAAUCUGACAGGUACAAAUACCACAGUGAGUGCCCAGUUUCCUGUUUUACUCGAUUUGAUCUUGGAGAAACAAUCAUGGCGACGAUGGCGUUGCUAAGAACUGUUCUGUCAGCUCUUGCCUGUGCUUCAGCACUGAGUGCAGUGGUGAUACCAUCUCAUCAUGAGAUACACGAGAAACGAAACACCUUGCAUCCGAGAUGGGCCAAAAAAGAUUGAGUACCGCCUCACAAGCUUUUGCCCAUGCGAAUUGGUCUGGCGCAAUCCAAUCUAGAUAUAGGGUAUGAGCAUUUGAUGGACGUACCCUGUGUCGCCCAAUUUCGGAAAGCACUGGACCUCCGAGGAGGUGAUUGAUGCCUUUCGACCUUCGGACGAGACCGAACGAGCUGUUCGGGAAUGGUUGGUGGACAGCGGCAUACCAUCUGUGAGGAUAUCUCACUCAGAGAACAAAGGAUGGUUCGCAUUUUAUGCAACCGCUGAAGAAGCCGAGAAUCUUCUUCUCACCAAGUAUCACGAGUACGAGGAUGCGAAGACCGGGGGAAUUCUCCCAGCAUGUGAUCAAUAUCAUGUACCAGCACAUAUUCGGCACCACAUCGAUUACAUUACCCCGGGUAUCCGGAUGCUCGCUCCUGUCGAAUCUCACAAUUCACAGAAGAAUGCGCUUCUGGCGAAGAGGGAUGCUGCGCUUGCUCGGGAUGGACUUGACAAGAGGAUAAUCCACAAUUUAUUGAAGGCUGAAGCAUGGCACCGUCCGAAACCUGAUGAUCUGAGCACUUGCGAUAUUGCGAUAACCCCAGCAUGUGUCGCUGCUCUCUACCAAAUUCCAAAGGCUAAGCUUAGGAGCCGAAAGAACUCGUUGGGUAUCUUUGAGUCCGAAUUACAAUUCUACACCCAGACGGACCUUGAUUCUUUCUUCACCAACUUCACGAGUUACAUUCCAAAAGGAACCCAUCCGGUCGCAGCCAACAUCGAUGGAGGGCAGCAAGCGACGGAAGAUCUUUUUGAAGCCGGUGGAGAAGUCGAUCUUGAUCUCCAGCUUGCUUAUCCUAUCGUCUAUCCUCAAACGAUCACAUUGUACCAAGUUGAUGACUUCAUUGUUCAAGCAGACCAACUCGAUACUUACACAUAUGGUUUCAAUACCUUCCUCGAUGCUCUCGAUGGGUCCUACUGUACUUUUUCAGCGUACAAUGAGACCGGCAAUGAUCCAAAGCUGGAUCAAGCAUACCCUGAUAAUCGCAUCGGAGGUUGGCAGGGUCAACUGAUUUGCGGGGUGUACAAACCCACCAAUGUGAUUUCACUUUCAUAUGGAGGACAAGAGUCAGACUUGCCGAUCUCCUACCAGAAGCGUCAAUGUCUUGAGUACAUGAAAUUGGGACUUCAGGGAGUCUCCUUCUUGUAUGCAUCAGGAGAUUCUGGUGUUUCAAAUUACCCCGGAGACAUCGACGGCCCAACUGGUUGUCUCGGACCCAAAUUGAACGUCUUCAACCCCACAUGGCCAGGAACCUGUCCAUACGUAACUUCAGUCGGAGGAACCAAAGUCUAUCCAGGCUCCAAGGUAACAGAUCCGAAUCCAGAAAGUGCAGUUUAUGAUCCUGCCGGCCAUCCAUACUCGGUCAACUUCUCUUCUGGGGGUGGCUUCAGCAACAUUUAUCCCAUCCCGAAAUAUCAAGCUUCAGCUGUUGCGACAUUUUUUCAGAAGCACAACCCACCAUACAAGUAUUACUCUGCACUGAGCCCUGAUACGAGCAACAUUUUCACUUUGCCUGAUAUUGCUGCCCUCGCUGGAAACACUGGUGGAAUAUACAAUCGAAUCGGUAGAGGUAUCCCAGAUGUGGCUGCGAACGGUGACAAUAUUGCUGUUUACAAUGGUGGUAACUUCACGUUAUCGGGCGGAACCUCAGCAAGCACACCCAUCUUCGCGGCUGUGAUCAAUCGUAUCAAUGAGGAACGGAUCAAUACAGACAAAAGUCCCAUCGGCUUCUUGAAUCCUAGCUUAUAUGCUAACCCAUCAAUGUUCAAUGAUAUUGUGAAUGGAACCAACCCUGGGUGUGAAACAUCAGGAUUUUCUGCAGUGCCCGGCUGGGACCCAGUAACUGGUCUUGGAACACCGAAUUAUCCCAAGAUGUUAAAAUAUUACAUGAACCUGCCGUGAGCAGAUCAGAGCUGUCAAAGGCGUUAUCGCACACGUAUAUAUAUCUCUCAGUACUGUAGCCUAAAUUCAGAUCAGAAGCUCGUAACAUAAUCCACUUCUGAAA